GCUGAUGCAGCAGGAGGCGAGGCAGCUGGAGGCCGAAUUGCUGCAGCGUGUGCAGUGGCGGCCGCGGUCUGUGCGCGGCUGGGGCUUACUGCAGCUGCUGUGGUACCUGGUGUUCCUGCAGCCGAUCAUCUCCGAGGUGCACCUGCGGCGCAAGAACGUGAAGUUCCUCUUCAUCCGCUUCAGCGCCUGGCAGUACGAGGGCUCGGACAAGCUGUGGGCCGGCCUGGUGACCACGCUGUGUGAGGGCAUCCGCCACCACUACGGCGCGCUGCCCUUCAGCGUGUACUCGGUGAUGGGCAACAAGCCGGCCACGGCGCCGGGCUUCUGCCAGCGCGAAUGGCACUGCCGGGGCCGCGUGUGCCUGGCGCUGGUGGCCCUGGUGGUGGCGCUGGGCCUCGGCGUGUCCCUGCUCUACCUGUCCCUGGGCAGCCACGCGCAGAGCCACAGUAGCACGCACAGCAGCGUGAUGUGGGUGUUCGGCGGCGCGGCCACCACGCUUUCGGGCUCGGGCCUGCUCAUGGCCGUGUUCUCGGUGAUCAAGCACCUGUUCGUGAGCCAGCGCAAAAAGAUCGAGCGGCUCGUGUCGAAGGAGAAAUUCGGCAGCCAGCUGGGCUUCAUGUGCGAGGUGAAGAAGGAGGUGGAGCUGCUCACCGACUUCCUGUGCUUCCUGGAGAUCUACCAGCGGCGCCGGCUGCGCGUCGUGCUCGAGAUCACCGGGUUGGACACGUGCUACUCGGACCACGUGGUGGGCGUGCUCAACGCCAUCAACACGCUGUUGUCUGACUGCCACGCGCCCUUCAUCUUCAUCCUGGUGGUGGACCCCAGCAUCCUGGCCGCGUGCCUCGAAAGCUCCGGCUCCAUGAAGGGCACGGCCGACAACGGCUACGUCUUCCUCAAUCGCACUGUCACGCUGCCCUUCUCCGUGCCCAUCAUGGGCCACCGCACGAAGCUGCAGUUCCUGCACGACGCCGUGCAGAGCCGCGACGACCUGUUGUACCGCGAGAUGACGCGCCAGCUGCGGCCACUGAGCCCGGGCGGUGACGAGGGCGCGCAGCUGCUGACCCGGGACGCGCAGGCGGGGGCCGAGCGCGCGCAGAGCCUCAUCGACGCAGAGGCGACGCGCCGCAUCCAGCAGGCGCUCUUCUGCCUGCACGACGAGCGCGACUGCCUCUACGAGUACGUGCCCGACAACUUGGUGUGCAUGCGGCGCAUCGUCAACACCGUGCCCAUCACCUUGCGCCUGCUGCAACAGCAGCAGCGGGACUUCGGGGGCCCCACGCCGCGCCAGGCCGUGGCCUGGGUCGUGCUCGCCAACCAGUGGCCCUGCCGCCUCAGCUGGGCGCUGCAGUGCCUGGAGGACCAGCAGCAGGCCGGGGGCGCGCACGAGGCCCGCGCGCGUCUCUGGGACGUGUUCCGCGACAACAGCAGCGAGCUGCACUCCCUGACCAAGGAGCUGCAUAACGUGCUGGACCUGGACGGCGACCCCGAGCUCUUCCAGCGCUUCCUGAGCGCCGACUUCCCCUUCACCGUGGCCGAGGCACAGAACCUGCUGCGCUGCACAGUCAACCUGGACCAUUCCAUCCGCCGCCGCAUGGGCCUUCUCCUGGCGGUCAAAGCGCUCAAGCCGCCCAGCCCGCCCAAGUCCCCAGCCGGCGACGCCCCCCACGCUGCUAAUGGAGCCAACCACACCCCUUCGGCGGCCUCCACCGCCCACGGAGCCAGCCAUGGAGCCAGCCAUGGAGCCAGCCACGACCCCCGGGCUGCCCGCGCUGUCACCAGAGCCAACCCGGCCCGCGAGGUCUCCCACCCCCGAGACAUGAAGCAAAGGCAUAAGCCCAGACCCGGGUCUUGAGUGUCCUGCGCUUCAGGGAAUCCAGCUUUCAUUCAGGGGCGGUGCCUUGAAUGAAGGACUCUGGGGCAGCAAGGGCAACAGUGCCCCCUCUGCCCAGAUGAGGACACGUGCAGGGACCCAAAGCCCAGUGUUGGGAAUGAGGCCUGUGGUGGCCACAUUCCCCACGUAAAUCUCUGAGAGUAGCUAACAAUAGUGCCAGUAUCCCAAAGCUGCAGGAGGACCACUGAAGACUCAUAGAGUUCAAGUGCAAUAAAUUAAGGCGUGAGAGCCCUUGA